AUGUCAAGUGUUACUGAAAAAAUUUUUCUUAAUGAUGGACCAUUCUUAAUUAAAAUUACGGAUACUACUGUUGAUGAACAAUUAACUGAAAAUGCUUCUUUACGUAUGAUAUUACAGUGGUAUGAAAGACAUAUUUAUAGACAUUUAUAUUUACCACUUUUUCAAACAGAAUCUAAUACACCAAUUAAAUGUUCUCAUUCUGAUGCUUUAUUAGCGGCUAUUGAACUUUUGUAUAAUUUGGAUCCAACAAAUACAAAUGUACAUCUAUCAUCAACAGCAAAUUUAUUCCCUUUAAAAAGUUAUACUUUGACUCAACAAACAUUAUUACUUACUUAUGAAUCAUGGUCGUAUACACUUCGUGAUCUUUCUACGUAUUCUCCAUAUGCUCUUGAUGGUUGUCAUUUACGUCUUUUAUUUAUAAUAUAUCAACUUCUUAAAACAAUAUUAUUUAUACAUCAACGUGGUCUUAGUUGUGGUCCAAUUCAAUUAACAGAUAUUCAUAUAAAUGAACGAUAUUGGAUUCAAUUAAAACCUCGUUUUCAUUCUUGUUUAGCAACAAUUGAAUUUGCGUCUGAUUGUAGUACAUUACAUAAUAAUAAUAAUGUUGAUGAUGAUUAUCAUAAUCAUUCAUUAUCUAAACCAAGAUCACGUACAAGUAGUGCAUCAUUUUCAUCAAUACCAAAACAAAAACCUCGUAUAUCAUAUCUUAAUGAUGAUUCAUUAGUUAUAACAACAAAAAUAUCACCAAGAACAACAACAAUAUUACAUUCAUCUGUUUAUCAUGUUGAACAUCGUUAUGAAACAUAUUGUCGAACACAUAUUGAUAUUGUUGAAUUAAUAAAACAAUGGCAACUUGGACAUAUAUCUAAUUUUGAUUAUUUAUUAAUAUUAAAUGCAUUAUCUGGAAGAAAAUUUCAUGAUCCAAAUAAUCAUUUAAUAUUUCCAUGGAUAAAUGAUUUUACAAGUUCAACAUCUAAUCUUCGAGAUUUAUCACAAUCAAAAUAUCGAUUAAAUAAAGGAGAUGCACAACUUGAUUUAACAUAUAAUUACUACUCAUCAUCACUAUCAUCAUUAACAACAAAUAUUGUACCACAUCAUUUAAGUGAACAUCUUUCAUCAAUAACUUAUUAUGUUUAUAAAGCACGUCGAACAGAAAAACGAACUUUAUGUGAUAAUGUUCGUUCAAUUUGGGUACCAAAUGAAUAUCCAUCAUCAAUAGGACGUUUAUAUUUUUGGACACCGGAAGAAUGUAUACCAGAAUUUUUUUAUGAUUCAUCUUUAUUUCAAUCAAUUCAUGAAGAUUUACCUGAUUUACUUGUACCAGAUUGGUGUUCAAGUCCAGAGGAAUUUGUUGAAAAACAUCGACAAUUAUUAGAAAGUCGUGAAAUAUCAGAAAAUAUUCAUUUAUGGAUUGAUUUAAUAUUUGGUCAUAAAUUAACUGGUGAAAGUGCAGUUGAAGCAAAAAAUGUUUGUCUUCCAUUAGUUGAUCAUCAUGAAGAUUUACGUAAUGGAGGAAUUGUACAAUUAUUUCUUAAACCUCAUCCUCCACGUUUUCUUGCAUCUACAAGACAAAUGAUUGAAAAUUCAUCUUUGACACCAACAACACGUCAUUCUACAAUACUUGAUGAAGAACAAACAAGAAAAAUAAGAGCACCAUCAGCUGUAAGCAGUAGUCGAUCAAAUGAGUCAAUAUUAUUAGCUAAUGAAUUAAAUGAUACAUUUUCUCAUUUGGAUGCUAUUGAACAAUUACUUUUAUUAACUUCAAUGUCAUUUGGUAGACUUCCAUCGUCAAGUUUAAAUAAUCAAACAUCAAAAUUUACAUCAACAUUUCUUCAUGCAUGUCAACGUGAUUUACAAUAUUUUGGUGUAUGUUUAUUAGAAUUAAUUUUACUUGGUAAACAACAUUAUAUAUCAGCAAAUUCGAAUGGUUCACAACGUUUAACAACAGCUAAACAAUUAUUAGAUAAUAAUUGGCAUCUUAUUCCUAUACCAUUUCGUACGUGUCUUAGUUUGUUAUUAAUGGAUUUAACAAAUGAAAAUGAAAAUAAUAUUCAACAACAAAUUUCAAAUCGUGCUAUUAAUGUCGCAUUUUUUUUAAAUCGAUGGACAACGCCUUUUCCAUUUCCAUUUUAUUUCGAAGAACUUUAUCGAUUUAUUCAUCAAUUUGAACAAUUUGAUCAACAACUUCUUCUUAAUUUAACAUCAAUUCAACAAAAACAAAUUCAUGAUAAUAAAUUUUAUCUUUUAUUAACACAAAUCCCGUCAUUACUAUUAUCAUUACAUACUCAACAAGGUCAUGAAUUAUUAAUGCCUUAUAUUCUUCAUGGUUUUCGUCAACCAAUAUAUGGUAUACGUUGUAUUUAUUCAUUAUUUAAUCCUAUAGCAAUUGUUCUUGGUCCUGAUGAAUCACGACGACAAUUAUUAACAUUAAUACAAUCAGCACUAAAUCCAGACAAGACAACAAUUUAUCAUUGGCGUUGUUUUACACGUCGUUUUAUAAUUCAAUUAAUUGCACGUUUUAAUUUAACGAAAUUUUUACAAUGUUUUCCAAUAUUACUUAUUGAAGCAUGUUCAGGUUUUAAAGAUGAAAUUAAUCUUCGAAUUGAAAUAGAUGAUGAUAGUAAUAAUACUACAAGUGAUUCAAAUGUUGAGACAGACGAUACUUCAAAUGAACGAUCAGAUACACUUACGCCACAAGAUUAUGAUACAAGUGCUUUUGAAGCAAAUGAAGAUCAACAACAUAGUUCAAAUUUAUUAUCAGAUUCAUCUGUUGAAAGUAUUAUUUAUUUACAAAUAAAAUUAGGUCCUGUACUUGGUUGUAAAUAUUUUGGUCGACAUUUACUUCGUAUGCUUGCAUUAUGUUAUGUUGAUGAUGAACAAUUACAAUUAUUGUCAUCGGAUAAAAAUCCAUUUAAAAGUAUUCGUCCUAUACGUGGUGAUUUAAAUGCAAAGAAAAUUAUUGAUUGUCUUUUAUCACUUAUUCAAAAUUAUGGUGAACAAAUUAUUCUUCUUUUCUAUUUUCCACAUCUUAUUGAAACGAUUCGAGUAGCAAAUCAUCGAUUAACAAUUCGUACGGAAUCAGGUUUACUUAGUGGUAUUGUUUUUUUUAAAUGUAUUCUUCCAUAUAUGAGUGAUAGUACAUUAAUGACUCAUUUAACAGAUCCAAUUAAAAAUCGAAUAAUUCAUUCAAGUCUUAGUUUACUUUCAUCAAGUGCUGUACAUUUUCCAUCAUUUGAACGAGCUCGCUCCAUAUGUGCCUAUCGUAUACUCGAUGUAUUAUUUUUACUUAGUCUACGUUUGGGUUAUGAAAGUACACGUUUAUAUAUGAAUGAUUCAAUUCGAGCAUUUUUUGCUUGUUUUCAAUCAACACAUGAACCAACAGAUGAUACAAAUCGAUCACGUACAACUUCAAUUACUGGCUCUUCAACAAAUCGUCCAAAUUCUCCAACAUCUUUAUCCAGUCAUAAUACACAUGCAAGUAGUAUAGAUGGUGAUGAAUAUUGUCGAAUAACUAUUGAUAGUAUUACAAAUUCUUAUAAAAUUGAUUCACCGAUUAAACCACGUAAUUCACAUAAUAAACAAGCACGAAGUGCUAGUCAUAGUUUAUUAACGGCACCAUUUAUGGAAGAUGAUAGUUCAUCAUUAUCAACAACAAAUACUCAUACACGUGAGUCAAUACAACAAGAAAUAGACGCAACAUUUACUAGUGAAUUAGCAUGUACGGCAUUUGUUCAAUUUUGUCGUUUAUGUGGAGAUCAACAUAUGAAUUCAUUAGUAACAAGAAAUGAUACAAUUUAUGCUUGGAUAGCUGAAUUAACAUCGAAACCAGAUGUAAUGUCUCGAAAUGAUUCAAUAUCAGCGAGUGAUGUUCUUAUAUCAAUUCGUGAUCGUGAUGUUCGAUAUCAAUAUACAGAUGAAAAUCGAUUUUUACGUAAAAAUUGGCUUUCAUAUUGGGAACAUGAAGUAGGUCGUAGUGAAAAUGCAAUAUUAAGUUUUAAACAAAUACAUUUACAAUCAUUUAUUGGUCAUACAAAUGCUGUUCGUAGUUUAUGUGUACUUGAUGAUGAAUCAACAUUUAUUAGUGGUGGUCGAGAUCAAAAAUUAUUAGUUUGGAAAGUUGAAAAUCAAAAUGAUAAUGCAACAAAAGUUGAAAGUCGAUGGUCAUAUAGUGGUUAUCGUAAAUCAGUUUUUGCUAUUUCAUUUCUUGAAAGUCUUCGAUUAGCAGCAACAUGUGAUGGUUCAGUUCAUAUCUUAGAUCCAUUUCGUGGUCAACUAGUUUAUCGUUAUACACAAUCAAAAGAAACUUCAGCAUUUGCUGCAAUGGCUGCUAUGCCAGCGCCUAGUACAAAUAUUCUAGCUGCAACUAGUGAUGGAAUAGUCAGAUUUCUCGAUGUUCGAACAAAAGCUCUUGCUUAUGAAUGGAAAACAACAUUGGGUGCAGGUGGUCAAGUAAAAACACUUGCUAUUAGUCCAAAUGCACAUGCAGCUGUUAUUGGAUUUACAACGGGUACUGUUUCAGUAUUUGAUGUACGUUCAGGUGGUAUUUUAGGAACAUUAAAAGUACCUGAAGGAGAAGUUUUAAAAGCAAAUUUUUAUAGUCGUAGUCGAUUUUUUACGAGCUCAGGUGAUGGUUCAAUAUUUCUUUGGAAUACAAAAGAAUUAGCACAAGCAACACCAACAUUAUUAAAAUUACAUACUGAUCCUGCUCCAUUUGUAUUAACAACACGUAGCGGAGAAUUUAUUGUUGCUACACAAACAAAUAAAUUAUGUAUUUAUUCCAAUAUGAAAGGAGUAGCACAGAUGGAUUGUCAAUGUACACGUCUUCAAUCUGAUAACAUUAAAGGUACAAUUUCAUCAAUGGCAUUAUUUCCAGAAAAUCGUCUUCUACUUUUCGGUUCCGACAAUGGAAAUAUUGAAUUAUUAUGUUAA